CUCCUCCUCUGUAGGCCAGGGCUUCUCGCUCCACCGAGCAGAUCCUCCAACAAAAAAAAAACUUUCCGUGCCGGCUUCCUGAAACUUCUGUGCAACUUAUGGAAGGGGAAGCGUAAGAAAUGAGAAAUAAAGAACCAUGGUACUGAUGACCGAGCAGGCGGACAGACCUCUGACCCCGGCCUCCACACCGGAGCAACUUCUCUACUCCCGCGGGAAUCGGACGACGUCUGAUGUGGAUCAUGGGGGGGAGAGGAGACAGAGGAAGCAUGGAGGGUCCCCUGCAGACCCCCAGGUGGGUGGGGACCCAGAGGCAGACCCCUCAGAGAGCAGGAAGAAAGCAGCAGGCAUGAGAUUGAAACCUGUGGAGCAGCUUUCACCACUGCUGACUCCCAGUGAAUGUGAAACAAAGAUUGAACGGAAAAAGUCCCAGCCUACCCACAUUUCAAAGACAACCCUCCAUUAUCAUAAGCUAUUCAAGGAUGUCAGCAAAGAUGAGCUCCUCAAACAAAGCUACACUUGCGCCCUGCAGAAGGACAUUUUGUAUCAGGGCAAAAUGUUCAUCUCUGAUAACUGGAUCUGCUUCCACUCCAAAGUCUUCGGUCGAGAUACAAAGAUUUCUAUCCCUGCGGUGACUGUGACGUUUAUCAAAAAAGCUAAAACUGCAUUGUUAGUGCCAAACGCCCUUGUGAUUGAAACGACCUGUGAUCAGCAUGUUUUUGUGUCACUCCUCUCCCGAAACACCACCUACACACUUCUGAAGUCCAUCUGCAUUCAGUUGGAGUCGUUGCAGGUGGAAAAGCCGUGUAGCAGCCCUGUUAUUUCCUCCAGUGAAAACAGCUUCAGGGUGAAAUGCCCAUCCUCUCUUCCUCUGGACUUUUCUGCAGACUUUUCUGCAGACUUCUCCGACCUCGAUGGGGUUGUGCAACGAAGGCGUCACGAGAUGAUGGAGAGCAGCAGCUCCGGGUCUCAAACUCCAGAUUACGACAAAAUAAAUGACUUCACCAGCCUCCCGGACACAUUUCUGAGUGCCGUGAAGAGCGGGGAGGUUUCAGUCCACGCAGACGUUCACCUCCAGACUCCAAGCCAAAAACACGGAGCUGCCCUGAAUAACGGGGGUACUAAGCUCAAAGGCAAAUCCUCACAGCCCAUGUCGUUACACACCAUCCUCCUCAUCUAUUUGUUUCUAGUUAGUGUCCUCGUCCUGUCCUCCUGUUACAUGGCUUUCAAAAUUGUGGCUCUUGAGCAUCGUUUGAGCUCCUUGGUGUCCAUGGGGGAACACAUCCGUAAUGAAAAUGCUGUGAGCCGCAGACCCCAGGAUGAAGUGAAUGCUGAGAUUUUUGGAGAACUUUCUUCGAACUUAUUCAAGCUGGAAAAGAUUCAGAGGAGCCUGCGGAAGCUACUUGAAGAGACUUAAAAGAAGACUUUUUGUCUGUCCAGACAGAAGCUUUACUUUCUCUGUUAAAAAAAGGUUGGUUUAUCACUGAAGAUCAGCAGUGAUCACAUUUGGUUAUAGAUUUGUUGCCAAAGCACAGACGGAUCAUACACAAAGCUUUCUUAAAACUGUGUGAACUUUAACUUAAAUUGUGCAAUAAUAGCUUCUUUCCACUUUGCACUCAGGACUAUUUUAUUACUAUUUCUUUAGAAAAUCUUGUGCUGGAGGGUAAAUGGAAGCAGUGUGUUAGUGAAAAGAAAGCUUAGGCAUUGAUGCAGUAUUUAUCAGAGCUUUUAAUUUGCAUUUCACAAUAGAAAGGUAUUUUUAAAGGUCCAAAGGUCAUAUUUCAAUGUCUUUUAAACAUUUCUUAAGAGGUCAACUUGUGCUAUUUAGAUUGUUUAUGUUAGAAUUGAAUUGCAGAUUAAUUGUAUGUAUGUCAUGUAUAUAAAUAACUUAGAUAGGGAUGUUAGUAAAAUAUAUUUUAAUGACAUUUAUAGGCAACUUCCUCUUAUAGUAGUAGCAAAAGAUUAAAAUGUGUCUGUAAGGGCUUAUGUGAAUAGAAGUUUGCCAAGUGAAAAGUUUGAUAUACAUUUUUAUUGUAAAUUAGUCCCAAUCUGUACUUUUUAACCAUGUAAAUUGCAGGUUUAUUCAGGUUAAUAGAUACAUUCUCAGCUUAUAGAAAAACAGUCCUGCACAUUUCCAUAGAAACUUUCUUCAUGGUUGCUGUUGAGUGGUUGUGUUUAUAGACCUUUCUUUCAUUUCAGGGGCAAUAGAAUAGAGUGAGCUUGUGUUUUAAUAAACUGGUGGUUUGUUUGCAUUUAGAUCACAGACUCUGCUUUAAACUAUUGUGUUGUGUAUUAACUAUUAAGUCCUGAAAUAAAUGUCUCUCAUAGAAUUU